AUGGACGUGUGGCGAGCAGUCCUUCAUCAGCCUUUGGAGUCAGUUCUUGCCUUGAGUGAACCUCCCGUGAACUCCGGCGGCUACACUCCAGAGCCUUCCAUUCAAACCAAACACCUGGCGGCUUUCGCUGAGAUGCAGAGAAGGCACUACCGCAGGGCCCUGUUCGGCCUUUCGGUGGAGGCUCGGAUUCUGUUAGAUUCGACCGUGCCGGGCCUCCACAGGCCCUGGCGAUUCUGGCUGGACCUCCCAGAGCUCCCCGUCACCCGGAAGGUCCUCCUCGCUCCAGCCCCACAGGCUGCUGGGCCUUCACGCGCAGGACGCCAUGGGAUUCCAUAG